GAAAUGACGAGCGAAUGUGAACCGGAUGACGUGGGAUUGGUUGCUGUUUCCAGAACACACAAAUAUCACAAGAAGAUUACCACAGUUCACGUUAUUUUACAGCUUUUCUGUUUAACGUCGUUUAAUGACAACUUGGGGAAACUGAUUUUGUAUCACCGAGCAAAAACGGAACGUAACUUUUUGUUUAUUUAUCGGGCGCGCUCCCCGUUGUUUAAUGGUUUAAAUGCACAACAGCUGAUCAGAAAUGACGGACAGAAGCUAAAGAGAGUUAGUUUACUCGAUGCUGUCUUUUUAGCUUUCCUUUUCUUGCUCUAUUAGUCGUUUAAUAUCGAAAGCUUAUUUCCAUAUUGCAUUUACGGACACAAAGGCUGCCUGAAAUUUGUGUUUGUCGAUUGGUCAGUGGUAGCUAUUGCUAUUAGCUAAGAAAGUGAACUGUGGACAGUGAAGGGUCAUGGAUUUCGACAGUGUGCUGUCUAUCGCGUCCCAAAAUCAAGGGCUGAGCAGCUUACCGAAAAGGUAUAGCUUAAAAACUGGCCCACCCAAGAAAGAUCUCAAAGUGGGAGGAGUUAAUUCGGCUGCUGUGCAGGCCUUCUUGAAAAAAAAGGCUGUGGAGCAAAAGAAUAAAGAACAACAGGAUAAGAAAGCAAAAGAAGAUCUGCUGGCUAAAAGAGUGGAGCUGAAAUCAGAUAGGAAGGCACGAGCAAUGGCAUCACGAACCAAGGACAAUUUCAGAGGUUACAACGGCAUCCCUGUCAUAGACCAGCCUAAAAAGAGACAGUCAAAAGGAAGCAGUACGGAAGAGCAGCAGAGUUCAACAAAAUAUGAAGGUGGUGAUUAUGAUGAUGAGGAUAAUUUUGACUAUGAGGGCACAGAUUCUGAAUCUGAACCAAGUAGGCCUGUUAAACCUCAGGCUAUAUCUCGGCCUGAGUACUCCAACCGAGUAGAAAACAAACCAAAAAAACUCAGUGCUCCAGCUAGGCCCGCCUCGUCGUCAAUGAACUUUGCAGAUCUACUAAAACUUGCAGAAAAAAAGCAGUUUGAACCUGUGGAAUUAAAAGUAGUGAAGAAGACAGAAGAGAGGCUUAGAACAGCAGAGGAGAUCCGCGAACUUGAAAUGGAGCGCAGAGUUAAGAAACUGGAUAAAGGGAAGGAUGUCAGAUCAGACAAGAAUUCAGGACAGAAAGACAGCCGAUCUCAAACCAGCUCAAAUCCUCAAAAGAAGCAUGUAGACAGAGAUGGCAAAAAUGGAAGAUUUCCAAGGCCAUCAGAGGAGAAGCACCAGUCAAGCAGUACCAGCAAAAAGCCAAAGCUUCAAGCAUCUAGUGAAAGAACUCCAACUUCUGCCAAACUCCAUGGAGACAGAAGCAACUCAGGCUCCUCAGGUGCCUUAAAUAGUAAAUCUGCCAUGAAAAAUGGCGCAUCGUUUCAAGCGAAACAAGCACCACCCAGACCCUCACAAGGCCAAAGGCCCGCAACCUCAAGUGACCUUACCCCAAGGAAGGGGAAUGUCUCAUUAACUCAGGCGAAAUCAAGUAUUUCGGGAAGUUGUCCUCCUGGUGCAGCUAGACCAGGUCAAGGACCACAUAAAAACUCAGCUCAUGGAAGACCUAGUAAUUUCAGUACCAGUGGACCUUCUCAGAAACCAGCAAAUCCAGGGAAGUUAUCGCGACCUGGGAGCAAUGCUCCACCUCGGCCUGGUGGCAGUGGAGUGGUACGACCCUUCACUGGUGACCCCUCGAAGCAACCGAGACCAGGUGGUAAUUUGCAAAGUCAGCAGUUUCCAGGAAGCUCCAGAGCUUCUUUAAAUGGACCAAAGCGAAUGGAACGUGGUGUUUCUGGGUCACAGAUGAACAGGAUGAGCUCUGGCCCCGGAAGAUCCCAGUGCACUGUUGUUUCAGAGACCAUUUCAACAAAGAACAUUACACCGAGACCUGGGAUGGUCCAAAGACCCCCAGGGCCACAAGGUCCCAGGACUGUGAUUGGUCCCUCGGGCCACAGAAUACUGGUCAAACCUUCUGGACCAGCAUUGCCUCCUAUAACAUCCAGUUACAAACGGAAGUUCGAGGACGAAGAAGAGUACGACUCUGAGAUGGAUGACUUCAUUGACGAUGAAGGCGAAGACCAAGAUGAAAUUUCAAAACACAUCAGGGAAAUAUUUGGCUAUGACAAAAACAAAUAUAAAGAUGAAAGUGACUAUGCAUUGAAGUUUAUGGAGAGCAGCUGGAAAGAACAGCAAAAAGAGGAAGCGAGGAGUUUACGCCUCGGUAUCAAGGAGGAUGAAGAAGAAAUGAGAUUGGAAGAAGAGGAGAUGAAAAGGAAACUAGCAAUGAAAAAGCGGAAAAAGUUCUAGUUUGCUUCUCUUUGACUUUGAUCUUAUGCGGUUGGGAAGGUUUCAGGUAGAACUAGAAUUGGAAAGAAAAUGCCUUCCGUGUUACACUAUUUAUUUGAAUGCCCAAGCAAUGGGAGCAGGUUUGCACUAUCAAGAGCUCGUCUGAUACAGCUUUGGAGAAAAUAAUAUAUGAGAAUAAUAUCUGAGAAUCACGAUGGCAGUUUUUGUAUCUUCAGAAAUGAUGAAAGUAUAUUGAUGUGGAUGCCUUAUAUGUCAAGCACCAACAACUGGUCCUGAUUUAGGGAGAGUUAUUUUAUUGUACUAUUUAAUUGGGGAGAUAAGAUGCAAGACAUUUGACAUUUUUCCCAAUGUAGUUUUUUGUUAAAGAUUAUUUGAUCAA